AUGGACAGCCCCAGGUGGCUGCUGCUCGCCGCCGGCUGCUGGCUGCUGCUGCUUCCGCCCGGGGACUGGGGGCUGGAGACCAGGGCACUCCGCAGCUUUUACCUCCAGGAGCUCCCUCCAUCCAGCGAGAAGGAGCUGCUCGGGGCUUUGCAGGAGGCUCUGGAGAAGCUGCAGAAAAAGCGAAUUCCACCCUGGGGCAAGAAACUGGGACAAGUGCCAGUGUGCGACCUGGGGGAGCUAUGCGCCGUCAGAAAAGCCUCCCGAACUGGAAAGCUGUGCAACUGCCCCAGAGGCUCCACUUGCAACUUUUUUCUGCUGAAAUGCUUGUAA